UGCUUUCAAAGGUACCAGCAAGCCCCAAUCUGAAAAUGCUUCUCCGGCAUUCUAUCCUCUUUGUUUUUGGUUUCGUGGUAUUGCCCGUCCUGUACAGCGAAAAUGCUGAAGGGGUGAGGAUGUGUGGAAGGCGCCUAGCAGAUCUUCUCAAUUUCAUCUGCGAAAAGCACGGCGGAUUUCAUGCACCUAGAGCUAAGAGAGAAGUAUUUGAUCGAAGCACCAACAAAAGAUCAGUCGUUGAGAUACUUCGUCCGCUGUCCCGCAGAAACUCAGGCAAUGAAGGAGCUGCUGCCACCACCGAAGUUGAAAUGACUACAAAUCUCCGCAAUGGUGUAGUUGACGAAUGUUGCAGGAAGCAAUGCACUCUUACUACUUUGGUAUCAUAUUGUGCCAAUUCCCAGCAUGUCGGAAAUAUUGAUCUGGAUGAAAUGGUUCCACCAGGAAGUGAACCUGCAAUUUCAGCUGAAGAUAUAGUAGAAUUCCAACUUCAGCAUGACGCGGCUAAAGACUCGUCGGAAUCUAACGCCAUUCUAUCUCGUCCUGCAUCCGCCACAGGCUUAUUUCCCCAUUCCGGUCGCCCCAACUUGGGUCAAUUCAUGCGUAACAGGCCCGUCUUUAUAGUCUUGUCCCAACUGCAAGAAGAUGAAGAUCGAGCACUUGGAGAUUACAGAUUUUAAAGACGUUUCAGGAGGCUGUUCCAUACACUACAUCAGAAAAGACCUAGUUGAGACAUCAAAACAAGUCGCAGAAAAAAUAAAUUCA